AUGGCGGGUAGAUUCUCUUACGCAGAGAAAGGAAAAGCUAUUGCCACGUCACAAGAGAACCUUGGGAGGAAAAGAAUCCGAGCAUCGGAAAUGGAUACAGCAGAUCUCAUACAAGAAAACUCUCUUACGCUCAUCGGAAGAAUCACCAAUCCUAGAGAACAGAGAAUCCGCUCCCUCAUCCCGUAUUUCACCAACCGCUGGGAGGUGAAAGGAGGUUUAGAAGGCUCAGAUCUGGGAAACAAUUGCUUCCAGUUCAGGUUUACCCUGGAGGAAGAUCUGAAAAGAAUCCUAGCGAACAGACCCUAA